UUCUGUGACGGCGAAACCCGAAGUUCCCGCUGUUACCAUCCAUUUCGGCCUCCAAAACGCCAUUUCUCUAGAUUUUAAUUUUAGCGAUGGACGGUCGGAUCAAAGACGAAGACGGUGACGACUUAAACCCUUUCUUCACCACCAGUCCUCCUAGACCCACUGCCCAAUCGCCUCCUCACUCAUCCUUCUCGCAGAACUUUCCCUUUUCACCUCCCGAUCACUUCCCCCAAUACGGCGACGUCUUCACUGCUCCGCCGACCACCACUACUGCUAAUUCCGACAGACUCAUCCCCGUUGACGAUGACGAUGAUGAUCAGCCGACCUCCGCUUCCACUUCCCAAAAUUACCAAUGUGCCCCGAAGAUAUUUGACCGCUUUGACGACUCCUCCACUUCGUCCGACGACAAUGACGAAUUCUACUGCUCCGACGCCCAGCACGAAGCCGUCCGGAAGCGGCUCGAUUACAUGAUGGACUACCUCGACCGGAAGCUCUCCAUGUCCGCGGAUCAUCCUGCUGACGUCGGCAAGGUGGGUCAGUCUCAGAGUCCUGAUCAGAGUCAGAGUCAGAGACAUCCUCAGACUCGGCAGCCGCUCCCGGAGUUUAUUGCCAUGGGCGGUGGGACGGGGAUAUUCAAGCUUCCGGUGAGGUCUGCUGUGAAUCCGGUCCGGCCCCCGAGCUUGGAGGUGCGUCCGCAUCCGUUGAGGGAGAAGCAAAUUGGGAGGUUUUUGAGGAAUAUUACGUGUAUUGAUGACGGGAGGCAAAUGUGGGCUGGGUCGGAGUGCGGGAUUCGGGCUUGGGAUUUGGGGAAUGUAUAUGGAGCUGGGGUGGCGAAAGGAGAGGUGGAGGAGGAGUUCGACGUCGAUGAGGAAUGGGGUGAACUUGAGGGGCUUGUGGAGGAGGAUGCGGCGCCCUAUGUUGAGUCUGUAAGGACGGUGGGAGCGCUGUGUGUUGUGGGAGAUGAUGGGAAUAGAUUGGUAUGGAGUGGGCAUAAAGAUGGAAAAAUUAGGUGUUGGAAAAUGGAUGGUAUCAAUAACAACAGUAGAGGUCGGUUUAAAGAAGGACUUUCUUGGCAGGCUCAUCGUGGUCCGGUGCUUUCGAUGGUCACGACUUCUCAUGGGGAUCUGUGGUCAGGGUCUGAAGGUGGUGUGAUUAAGACUUGGCCUUGGGAAGCUAUUGAAAAGUCACUUUCUCUAACAUCAGAGGAAAGGCAUAUGGCUUCUUUAUUGGUAGAGAGGUCAUAUAUUGACCUGAGGAGCCAAGCCACCUUGAAUGGUAGCUGCAAUAGCAUAUUUACCACUGAUAUAAAGUUUAUGUUGUCUGACCAUUGCAGAGCAAAAGUGUGGACUGCUGGGUAUCUUUCAUUUGCGAUUUGGGAUUCUCGAACUAGGGAAUUACUGAAAGUGUUCAAUAUAGAUGGUCAGAUUGACAACAUGUCAGGUAUACAAGAUCAGAUGAUGGAGGAGGAGAUUAGGUUGAGGUUUGUUUCUGGUUUAAAGAAGGAGAAGCCACAAAGUAACUUAAAUUUCUUUCAGCGAUCACGUAACGCUAUUCUAGGAGCAGCUGACGCUGUUCGUCGAGCUGCAGUAAAAGGAGCUUUUGGAGAGGAUAAUAGAAGAACUGAAGCAUUAGUUGCAACUAUUGAUGGAAUGAUUUGGACUGGAUGCACUAAUGGAUUACUUGUGCAGUGGGAUGGAAAUGGAAAUCGUCUGCAAGAUUUCCAGUAUCACUCGUAUUCUAUUCUGUCCCUUUGUACAUUUGGGUCACGUAUAUGGGUAGGUUAUUGCAGUGGUACUAUCCAGGUAGUAGAUCUCAGUGGCAAUCUGUUGGGAGGCUGGACAGCUCAUAGAAGUCCAGUGAUAGAUUUGGCUGUUGGAGCUGGUUACGUUUUCACCUUGGCUAAUCAUGGUGGUAUACGUGGAUGGAGUAUUACAUCUCCAGGGCCACUGGAUAGUAUAUUGUCUUCAGAGUUAUCUGGGAGGGAUUUUCUCUAUACCAGAAUGGAGAACUUAAAAAUAUUGGCUGGUACAUGGAAUGUUGGACAAGGAAGAGCUGCUUAUGAUUCACUUAUCUCCUGGAUAGGUUCAGCAUCUGUAGACUGUGACAUUGUAGUCCUUGGAUUGCAGGAAGUGGAAAUGGGUGCUGGUUUUCUUGCAAUGUCUGCUGCUAAAGAAACUGUAGGGCUUGAGGGAAGUUCUGUUGGACAAUGGUGGCUAGAAAUGAUAGGAAAAACCUUGGAUGAAGGAUCAACAUUUGUGGGAGUUGGUUCCAGGCAGCUUGCAGGCUUGCUUAUUUCUGUCUGGAUCAGAAACAGCAUUAGAAGUCAUGUAGGAGAUGUUGAUGUUGCAGCGGUUCCUUGUGGUUGGGGCCGUGCUAUUGGGAACAAGGGAGCUGUUGGUUUGAGGAUGAGGGUGUACGGUCGGAUUUUUUGCUUUGUGAAUUGCCACUUUGCUGCGCACUUAGAGGCUGUCAGUCGUCGUAAUGCCGAUUUUGAUUAUGUAUAUCGAACCAUGGUUUUUAGUCGACCAUCUGGUUCCUUGAAUACUGCAGCUGCUGGUGUCUCAACUGCAGUUCAAGUUGUUCGCAAUGCUAAUGUUACGGGUAUAUACUCUGUUGAGGGGAUGCUCGAGCUAUCUGAGGCCGACAUGGUUGUUUUUCUGGGUGACUUGAAUUAUAGGCUUGAUGGUAUAUCUUAUGAUGAAGCAAGGGAUUUUAUUUCCCAAAGAUGCUUUGACUGGCUUAGAGAGAAGGAUCAGUUGCGAGCAGAAAUGAAAGCUGGCAAUGUUUUCCAGGGGAUGCGGGAAGCUGUUAUCAAAUUUCCUCCUACAUAUAAAUUUGAGAGGCAUCAGGCUGGUUUAUCAGGUUAUGAUUCUGGUGAAAAGAAACGCGUUCCUGCCUGGUGUGACAGAAUUAUGUACCGUGACAGUCGUUCAGCUCCAGUGUCUCCUUGCAGCUUAGAAUGUCCUGUAGUCUCAUCUGUUUUGCAGUAUGAAGCUUGCAUGGAUGUUACAGACAGUGAUCACAAGCCUGUCCGUUGCAUAUUCAGUGUGGAGAUUGCUCGAGUUGAUGAGUCUUUGAGGCGACAAGAGUUUGGAGAAAUCAUUGAAUCCAAUGGGAAAAUCAAGCAAUUGCGAGAAGAGCUAUGUAGAAUUCCAGAAGCAAUUAUGAGUACAAACAACAUAAUCCUUCAGAACCAGGAUGUAUCUAUCUUGCGUAUAACAAAUAAAUCUGGAAGGACGAAAGCUCUUUUUGAAAUAAUAUGUGAAGGUCAGUCCACCAUUAAGGAUGAUGGACAGGCUUCCGAUCAUCGUCCUAGAGGUUCUUUUGGUUUCCCUCAGUGGCUUGAGGUCACUCCAGCUGCUGGCAUAAUCAAACCUGAUCAUAUUGCUGAGAUUUCAGUCCAUCAUGAAGAAUAUCAGACACUGGAAGAGUUUGUUGAUGGUACCCCACAGAAUUCGUGGUGUGAAGAUGCUAGGGAUAAGGAAGUAAUAUUGGUAGUAAAGGUGCGCGGCAGCUUGUCAGCUGAGGCCAAAAGUCACCGAAUUCGUGUGAGACACAGCUUUUCAGGCAAGCCUAGGCGUAUGAAUCAGAGAAUAAAUAAUCCUAAUCCUCCCCCAUCCAAUGUCCUUUAUCGAUCUGAAUUCCAGCGCCUUAGUGGCACCUCUGAUGUCGUUGACCAACUAAGGAAUCUGCACAGUCCUUGAAUGUGUAAGGCCAUUCUAGUAAACCAAAAGUGCUGGUUGGUCUCUGCUCGUUCAAACCAAUUUUGUCAUAUUCUUCUCAUGUACAUACCUGCAGAUAUGGACAUGGGGACGCUCCAUUCUCCUGCAGCAUUGAUCUCCUUGAGCAUAUUUUCAUAACUAGAGUCAAUCUGAAAAUACAUCUACCUUGUGAAUUUUUGCCCUCCAAUUUUUGGACCUUCCCGUCUGUCCAUAGAAUACCAAAAUCCAGUGUGUCUCGAAGCUGUACCUUGUUAGUAUAUGACUGACUUGUUUGCUCUUUUGAAAUGCCUAGUUUGAUACCUAGUUUUCUAGUACAUCUGCAGAGAAAGUGAGGGCUCGAGAAGUGUUUUUAGUUGUUUCCAGCUCUCUGUAUUGCCUUUCAUUUUUUUCUUUUUUCUUUUUGGUCCACAAAAUAUGUGACUUCUUAGUUGAAGCUGUAUUGUAAUCACAAUUGUUUUGUCUGAUAA